AUGUCCGGAGAAAUGGAAGUUGACCCACCAGUUUCGCAUGAGCAUGAGCAGGAGCAGGAGCAGGAAGAGACCCCGGCGCAAUCUGGCGGCGGCGGCUUCGAACCACGGACAGAGGCCGGGGCUGUUGCAGUGCGCAGUAUCGAAGGAUGGAUCGUCAUUGUCACCAACAUUCAUGAAGAAGCAUCGGAGGAAGAUGUCACCGAUCUGUUUGCCGAGUAUGGAGAAAUCAAGAACUUCAACUUGAACCUCGAUCGUCGGACGGGUUAUGUCAAGGGAUACGCCUUGAUUGAAUAUUCCACUCUCCCCGAAGCUUCUGAAGCCAUCAAGAACCUGAAUGGUACCAAACUGCUCGAUCAAACAAUUCAAGUCGAUUACGCAUUCGUCCGGCCGCCUCCCUCGAACAAAGGCAAGGCCGGUGGGCAAAGGGGUGGUGGCCGUGGUGGACGAGCCCGCAGCCGGAGUCGCGAGAGGAGCCGCAGUCCCGGCGCGGAUGAUAGGGAAUAA